AGCCCCCGGAGCGCCAUUCGCGGAGCAGUUUACGCUAGUCGCCCGGCGUACGGCGCCCCAGCGGCCUGUAGGUGCGCUGCCCGGCUCCCGUAAAGUUAUUGUGAAUGGGGAGCGGGUGACGUCAGCGCCGAAUGUCAACAAUGUAGCGAUUGAGAGUGUGGGCGUUCCGGAGAGAGCGCGAGCCGCGCAGCUCGGAGCAAACAGCAUCCAGCCGCCGCCGCCGCCGCCUCAGCAGCAGCAGCAGCAGCGGCCGCCUCAGCCGUCCGGCAGCAGCAGCGACCGUGCACGCCCGGGCUGCCGUCGCAGCAGCGCUAACGUGAGCGCCCACCACCGCCAUCGCCCGCGUCACUUGGUCGCCCCGCUCCCGCUUUCUCCCCAGGCCGCCCCGCGACCCCUCCCCUCCCCCAUCCUUCCCCUACCCCUCCCCGGCAUUCCGGGGCUGGGAACGAGCUGCCAUGUGAUGCGCGCCCCCUCGGCGAGCUCUCGGUGACCCCUCCAACCGCCCCCCGCGCUGCGGCCGGGAGGGGACCGCGGGCUGGCCAGACGCGGGCCAGAGGAGACGGAAAAGGACGCCAAGUUCCCAGGCGAGAACAGCUGUCUACUACAGAAGGUGAGGUCUGCAGGAAUAAGACAAUCUUCAAAAACUGUCUCUGAUUGUGUCAUGUCUAAUACCUUACUUCAAUAUCUGCAGCAUGUACAAGGUGGACACUCACUGACCUGUCACCAGGUUACCCCAUAGAGCUCUGGGGUCCAUGUCUGAAUGGAUUGCUGUAGCCUUCUCAUCUCUUUCUUUGCCCAGUACCCUGCAUCCUAAGACUCAAAGCCAGCAUAGGACCUGGAAAAAUUAUAUGGUGUGAACGGCAUGUCUGUGGAUGAGAAGCCUGACUCCCCCAUGUAUGUAUAUGAAUCCACAGUCCACUGUGCCAACAUCCUCCUGGGCCUCAAUGACCAGCGGAAAAAGGAUAUUCUCUGUGACGUGACUCUGAUCGUGGAAAGGAAGGAAUUCCGGGCCCACCGGGCUGUGCUAGCCGCAUGUAGUGAAUAUUUCUGGCAGGCGCUGGUUGGACAGACGAAAAAUGACUUGGUGGUCAGCUUACCUGAGGAGGUCACAGCCAGGGGCUUUGGACCACUGUUACAGUUUGCCUACACCGCCAAGCUGUUACUCAGCAGAGAGAACAUCCGUGAGGUUAUCCGCUGUGCCGAGUUCCUGCGCAUGCACAACCUAGAGGACUCCUGUUUCAGCUUCCUACAGACCCAGCUCCUAAACAGUGAGGAUGGCCUGUUCGUGUGCCGGAAGGAUACUGCGUGCCCUCAGCCCCCUGAGGACCUUGAGAACUCAGCCGGGGAAGAGGAGGAGGAAGAAGAGGAGGAGACGAUGGACUCUGAGGCAGCCAAGAUAACUUGCCCCAGGGACCAGAUGCUUCCAGACCCCAUGGGCUUCGAGGCUACCACCAUCCCAGUAGCAGAGAAGGAAGAAGUCUUGCUGCAUGAGUCCGACAUGCCCACGGACAGCAAGGAAAGUUCAGAAAAGGAUGCCUUGAUGCAAUACCCCAGAUACAAGAAAUAUCAGCUUGCAUGUACCAAGAAUGUCUAUAACACAGCAUCACAUAGUACCUCAGGUUUUGCAAGCACAUUUGGGGAAGAGAAUAGUGCAAGUAACAGCUUUCAGCCAGGGCUGGCCCGGGGGCAGAUUAAAAGUGAACCUCCCAGUGAAGAGACUGAGGAGGAAAGCAUCACACUCUGCCUAUCAGGUGAUGAGCCUGACAUUAAGGACCUCAAGGGCAGAGCUGGGGAUGUGGAGAUGGACCACAAACAGCCCAGCCCUGCUGCUGCUCCCCCAGCCCCCACUGGGCCAGUCUGCCUGGAGAGAACCAGGGCUGUGUCCUCUCCCUCCUGUCUGAGGUCUCUGUUCAGCAUCACAAAAAGUGUGGAGUUGUCUGGCCUGCCUAGCACAUCUCAGCAGCACUUUGCCAGGAGUUCUGCCUGCCCUUUUGACAAGGGGAUCACUCAGGGUGACCUUAAAACUGACUACACCCCCUUCCCAGGGAAUUAUGGACAGCCCCAGCUGAGCCAGAAGGAAGCAGUGGCCAGCUUCACCCUGGGGUCGCCCCUCAAAGGGCCCGGGUUAGAAGCUCUCUGCAAGCAGGAAGGAGAGCUGGACCGGAGGAGUGUCAUCUUCUCCUCUAGCACUUGUGAGCAAGUGGGUGCUUCUUCGGUGCAUUCGUAUUCUGGGGUAAGCAGUCUGGACAAAGACCUCUCUGAGCCAGUGCCAAAGGGUUUGUGGGUGGGGGCUGGCCAGUCCCUCCCCAGCUCACAGGCCUACUCCCACAGUGGGCUGCUGGCUGACCACUUGCCAGGAAGAAUGCGGCCCAACACUAGCUGCCCGGUGCCAAUCAAAGUCUGCCCACGCUCGCCCCCCUUGGAGACCAGAACCAGGACUUCCAGCUCUUGUUCCUCCUAUUCCUACGCGGAGGAUGGGAGUGGGGGAUCACCCUGCAGCCUCCCUCUCUGUGAGUUCUCCUCCUCACCUUGUUCCCAAGGCACCAGAUUCCUUGCCACAGAACAUCAGGAGCCAGGCCUGAUGGCAGAUGGGAUGUACAACCAAGUCCGGCCCCAAAUUAAAUGUGAGCAAUCAUAUGGAACCAACUCCAGUGACGAAUCCGGAUCGUUCUCGGAAGCAGACAGUGAGUCGUGUCCUGUGCAGGACAGGGGCCAGGAGGUUAAACUUCCUUUUCCUGUAGAUCAAAUCACAGAUCUCCCAAGGAAUGAUUUCCAGAUGAUGAUUAAAAUGCACAAACUAACCUCAGAACAAUUAGAGUUCAUCCAUGAUGUCAGACGGCGCAGCAAGAACCGCAUUGCAGCCCAGAGGUGCCGCAAGAGGAAGCUGGACUGUAUUCAGAAUUUAGAAUGUGAAAUCCGCAAACUGGUGUGUGAAAAAGAGAAACUGUUGUCUGAGCGGAAUCAACUGAAAGCCUGCAUGGGGGAACUGUUGGACAACUUCUCCUGCCUUUCCCAGGAAGUCUGCCGAGAUAUCCAGAGCCCUGAGCAGAUCCAGGCCCUGCAUCGGUACUGCCCUGUUCUCAGACCCCUAGCUCUCUCCACAUCCUCCAGUAUUAACCCCACACCCCUGGGCCUUGAGCAGAAUCUUGCUGCCUCUCAAUGUGCAGCAGAAGAGAGUGUGCCCUGUUGCCUGGAGCAGGGUGCAGUCCCCCCAGGGCCUCCUUGGAUCCCCACGACCACCUCAGAGAAUUGUACUUCUGCAAGGAAGCUUGAAGGCACUGAUCCGGGAAGCUUUCCAGAUAGAGGCCCUCCUCUGGAACCCAGGAGCCAAACAGUGACCGUGGACUUCUGCCAAGAAAUGACUGAUAAGUGUACAACUGACGAACAGCCCAGGAAGGACUAUACCUAGUAUGUCAGCCUGCCUCCAACUCCCACACCCUUCACUCACCCAGGUGUUCUUCAGUUGGCUUGUGGCCUGUUCAUCUGUUGUCUGGAAGAACCUAUAAGGAAUUUGGUGCACACUACAAUGGUCUUAGCAGCAAUACUGUUUCUUAGUAGUCCCUCCUUUCUCAGGCAGGAGUGAUAAAUAGUUACCUUCACAAUGGUGCUACCCCUUGCUCAGGCAAGGAAAGACAACAGUGAUACCACACUGUCUGUCUGUGGGUUAACUUCAGUCUUAACAGGGAUAGACUAUAACACCUCUAGGACCCAACCACGGAUUUUUUUUUCUCAGUGGCCCAUGUCACAAACCUAUCUCAGGAAUUUCUUCUGAAUGUUCAAUUUUUUUCAUUGAAGACAGCUUCUAUACACAUCAAAGUUUUAUAGCUAGACUGUACAUAUUAUAUAUAAUAUAUAUAUAAAUAUAUAUAUAUCCAUAUGCAAAAGUCCUGCAUGCCUCGAUUUUCUCAUCCUGAAACUGGAAGCUUCAUUUCUAAACAGGUUUCAACAUUCCUCCUCUUUUGUCAUUGAUGCUCGAACUAGUUUGAUAACUGUUAACAUGAUCAUCUUUCUUGCUCCACAGUUCAAUUUCAAUUUGUACUUAUUUAUGGACAGAAUUCAAUGUUAGAAGCUUUUUUUUAAAGGUUUUAUUUCAGACUUUUUUUUUUUGGUUGGUUGGUUUGGCUUGGGCACUGUCAGAUGGUGUCAUUUGAGUAUUAUGGGUUUGUUAUUUUUCUUGCAGAUACUGUACAGUCAUGGUCAACUUUACCACUUGCACUGAGUUUUGGGUCAAACCUAUUUUCAUAAAUGAAGUUGUAACUUCAGUAUAACUCAAGUAUACUGUAUAUUCUUUACUUUCAGUUUAAAAGGAAAAAAGUAAAACAUUUUAGCUAAUUAAAAAGCACUCAGGUGAUAAUUAUGUAAGAAAAACAAUCUUGCCAAAUAAUGAAUUCAUCCUAGGAUGUGUAGACAAUAAUCUGCUUGAAUAUUUUUAUAUUUCACCUCCUCCCCACCCUUCCCUAGGCAAGGUUUAAAUGUAGAUAAGAGUUCAGAGUCAGUGCUGGGGUGGUCAGAUUCCUAAGUGUGGAGAGAGUUUGGACAUCUCACUCAAAAGUGCAUCAAAACAGCAGGAAUGUAUCAUGUUCUACCAGAACUCAACAAGCAUUGACUCCUAGAAAGUAAGUAAAUAAGAACUGUCUUUUCACCCAGGGUGAAAAAGGCAUUUUAUCAGUCCUCUGCUUGCUCUGGGAAGUAUAGUGAAGUAGCAGCUUCUCUUCUGAUGGACUUGGUUGAUUAGCCACCUAAGUUUGCUACCCAGAAAUGGACUCUACACAAGGCCGGACUCCCAAAACAUCUUGCAGAGGGCAUUUAAACGCUGCCUCUAGGCACCCUCCCAAAUUAGCUUAGUUCAUCCAGUUAGGAGAGGGGUAAGACUGAACUCUGUCCCCAUGCAGGCUAAAAGCAUUUCUUUCUCCCUUCCUUGCAAAUGCUUUGAGUUGAAUUUUGAGGUCUUUCCUGCCAGCCAGUCUGUUGUCCAAAGGCCUAUUCCAUUCUGAGGCUGUGGACAGCCCUCCCAGCAAACCCACCACCACCACCUACACACA